UAUUUACACCCGUUAAAUGAUAUUUUAAUCAUCUUUGUGAUAUAUUGUUGUAUUUGGUUAUUUGAAGUUAGUUAAUUUAGAUAAAUAUCUGAGUCCCUGGUUAGCUAGCAUGUGAGGUUGCUAGCUAGCUAACAAUGCUGAAAUGUUACCAGUUAUCUUAGCUAGCCAGCUAGCUUCCUGCAUACUCAGCUUAGUAUUUGCUUAACAACAUUAAACAAAUUACAUCUGUUCGUAUUAUAGCAGUUGUGGCUACGAAGGUGUCGUCUAUCUUACAACUUGACCGAACUAGCUAGCCAACUGGUAGCCCCUAGCUAACUUAUGUCAUUUUGUUCAUCUUGUGUAGUAAUGGAUAAAGAGUUUCUCUCUAAGAUGAGUUCAGAUUGAGUCUGGGUUAAAAAUGUGUCAUUUACAGCAGUACAAGCUGAUAAACUUAACGAAUAGAGGGUGUCAUGUCGAGGGUUCCAGUGGGUAAGGUAUUGCUUCGAAAUGUUAUCAGACACACAGAUGCUCACAACAAGAUUCAGGAGGAGUCCGAGAUGUGGAAACUACGAGACAUGGAGCUACAGGGCUCUUCUGCUAACGCCCCAUCACACAGAUGGAUGACGAGUAGACCCUGGGCAAGGGGCAACAUGCACUGUGACAGAUGCUUCGAAGACUCAGAAGGAUCUGCACGGGACAGGCUUGGCGAAAGAGAAUGUCUGUCUGAAAGAGAUGAACGAGAGGCUCGAUACUGGACACGAAAACUGUACGAGUUUGAGGCCAGUGAUCCAGACAGAUGGGGUCAUAGUGGUUUUAAGGAGCUUUAUCCAGAGCAGUUUGAAUCAGAUGGAGGGGCUGACUGCAAUCGAAGCCAGAAAAACGGCAAAGAGAAAAUGUCCUCUAGUAGACGGAAAAGUUCCAGAAAAUCCUCUAAGAGGAAGAAGAAAAAGAAGAAGAGGCAGAAGUCUGCAGGGCUGGGCACGGCAUCUGACAGCAGCCUGGCAGACUGCCUGGGCAUGAAACCGAAGAGGAAGCGCAGCAAAAGCAAGCACAACCAUCGAAAGAAGAAGCGCAGAGACCAAGCGAGAGAGGAAGGCAACAGUGAAUCAGACACUAGUGAAUCAGACACGGGGACGGAAAGCACUCACAGGAAGAAGCACAGAACUGCAUCAGACGCCCACAGAGAGCCUGAAAGGAAAAAACGGAAAAACUGGAAAUCGGCCAACGAAGAGAGAUCCGAGGAAGACUCGGAGGACUGAAUGUACAAGUCACUGAUCUCAGCUUGGUACAGACUGCUGAUGUCGAAUUCAACAUACAUGAUUCAGACUGUUUAGAUAUGUUUAGAUUUGCAGGUUGUUAUUGUGGAGUCCUCUCCCUGACCUGUAUACCUCACUCGAAAGAAACUUGAUAACUCUUUUCUACUGGCAGGGCGACAAGCAAGUUUGUUUUUCUAGUCUUUUAAUGAUGUCGUCAUAUAUAUAUA